UUCCAGUUUCUCAUUCCAAUUAUGGACCUGACCAACUCUACUGAUUUCCUGCUCAAUGACUCUACUUUAAUAAGAAACAGAAUUCACAUUCCAAAUUCUGCCUCAAAAGUGAUUGUUGUAGUUCUUUUGUUUAUGUCAUUUUUAAUUGGCACUAUCACCAAUGGUCUCUAUCUAUGGGUGCUAAAGUUCAAAAUGAAAAAGACUGUCAAUACUCUCUUAUAUUUUCAUCUCAUUCUCUCCUAUUUUAUUUCAAUAUUAUUUUUGCCAUUUUUGGCCAUCUCCCACCUUCAAGACAAUCACUGGAGCUUUGGAAGGGCCACGUGCAAGAUCUUCAACAGCAUUUUGUAUGCAGCAAUGUUCGCCUCCGUGUUCUUCCUCUCGGCCAUCAGUGUUGAUCGUUACCUUCUCACUUUUCACCCGGUGUGGUCACAACUGCAUCGAACCCCACGCUGGGCUUCCAGCAUCAUCUUAGGAGUCUGGAUCUUUGCUGCUGCCCUUGGCAUGCCCUAUGUGGUUUUCAGGGAGACACAUGAUGACCAUAAAGGAAUGGUGACCUGCCAAAACAACUAUGGUGUGUCUACUGACUGGGAGAGCAAAAAGAUGCAAACAUUAAGGAAAUGGAUUCAUGUAGCCUGUUUCAGCAGCCACUUCUUGCUGGGCUUCCUUCUGCCUUUCCUCAUCAUCACCUUUUGUUAUGAAAGAGUAGCCAGAAAGAUGAAAGCGAGGGGACUGUUGAAAUCCAGCAAACCCUUCAAAGUCAUGAUGGCAGCCAUUAUCUCCUUCUUUGUGUGUUGGAUGCCCUAUCAUGUAUACCAAGGCUUACUUCUCACUGAAAACAGAUCUCUAGUUUUCCAGCUGACUGUCUUACUCACAGUGGUAACUACUACCUUCAAUACUGUGUUUUCUCCCACACUCUACCUCUUUGUUGGGGAAAACUUCAGAAAAGUUUUCAAGAAGUCUGUCCUUGUUCUUUUUGAGUCAACAUUCAGUGAGGAUUCCUCGGCAGAAAGGACAGAAAACCUAAAUUCAGAAGCUGACAUGUAAAUUCUGGAUCCCAGAGCAAACAGGGGACUCUUAGUCAAAGACAUCAUCAGUAAAGAUACUCAGCUUUUGUAUAUAAUAUAGUGUCUAUAUUAGAGAGACACCUGGACUGUACUAUAGUUAGAUUUAUGAAUAUUAUAAGGGCUAUAAAAUGUGGUGGGUAAUGUUGAAAAUGUGAUUUUUUCUUUUUACUUUGUGGUAAA